ACCGCCGUCUGAAACAGCGGUUUUAGUUCGUCAGGGCCAAAACAAACAAUUCACAUAUGCGCUACAAUUCUUAGGUCUUCGCUCACACGCACAAAGAAGAAGAAGAAGAAGAAACCUCCGAUGGCGCCGCCUCCAGGACCCUAUUCCGGGACUAGCACCCUCGCUUUGGUGGCUCGUGCUUCGGCAUUCUCUAUUGGACUCGUUUACGGUAGCCUCAAGCUCAAGUACCUCAAGGCAAAGGCUAACUCUCAUAAGAAAGCUGAAGCAAAGGCUCAUCACUGAAGGGAGUGGGCUGUUUUUAUUGCUGGAAUUGAGGUAUGUGCUCCAUUGGGAGUAGAAAUAAUGCAUAAUGAUGGACUGUACCAAUUUUUUCAUCUUUGAUUAGAAGCAUUUUGGAUUAUGGUGGACAGCUUAUAGUUGCUGAGGUUUCUACGAGAAUUGUUAACUUAGUCCUCUUGAGAUUUCUUUGCUUGGUUGGCCUUGGCAAUAGGGAUGGUGUUUCAGUUUCUGUUGCUUUGUGAACCAUGGGAAAAAUGUUAGAUGAUGGCAUCUCUUCCCUUUACUUUAAUAAUUGUUGUUUCUGGCUGAAACCCUAUUGCAUGGUUUCUGCAGUGUUUCAUACACCCUUUACUCUCUAGGGAUUUACUUGUCGUAUUGAUCGUUGUGAUGCAACCAAUAAUGAUUCUUGUUGAUCUGCGGUUUCAACAGUUUAUAUUCUACAAAAAUUCAGAACAAACUUAUGGAUGAGAUUUUUUUGGUA